AUGGCCAAGUGGCUCAGGGACUACCUGAGCCUGGGGGGGCGCAGGCCCCCGCCACAGCCGCCCAGCCCCGACUACGCGGAGAGCGAGGCGCUGAGGGCCUACCGCCAGCAGCGGGACCUGGACUUCGAGGACCCCUAUGAGGACGCCGGCAGCCGCACGGAGCCGGACCCUCCCGGCCUCGGCGAGGCCAAGUGCAACUCCCCCAAGCACCGGCUCAUCAAGGUGGAGGCGGCCGACAUGGCCAGGGCCAAGGCCUUGCUGGGCAGCCCUGAGGAGGAGCCGGAAGCCGACACCGAGUACUCGGACCCCUUCGACGCUCAGCCUCACCCGCCACCCCCGGACGACGGCUACAUGGAGCCCUACGAUGCGCAGCGGGUGGCCAGUGAUGUGCCGAGCAGGGCGGUGCAGCUGUACGACACUCCCUACGAAGAAGACGGGGACGGAGAAGCGGGGGACGGGCCCGCCACCGAGCAGAAGCCCGGGCAGAGCCGGCUGCCCCAGGAGGACGAGAGGCCGGCCGACGAGUACGCAGAGUGGAAGAAAGGCCACAUCUCCAGGGCGUUCGCAGUGCAGUUCGACAGUCCCGAGUGGGAGCGGACAGCAGGCUCGGCCAAGGAGCUCCGGAGACCCCCGCCCAGAAGCCCCCAGCCCGCAGAGCGCGUGGACCCGGCCGUGCCCCUGGAGAGACAGCCGUGGUUUCACGGCCCCCUGAGCCGCGCAGAUGCCGAGACCCGCCUGUCGCUCUGUAAGGAAGGCAGCUACCUCGUGCGGCUCAGCGAGACCAGCCCCCAGGACUGCUCCCUGUCCCUGAGGAGCAGCCAGGGCUUUCUGCACCUGAAGUUUGCGCGGACCCGAGACAACCAGUUCGUGCUGGGCCAGCACAGUGGCGCCUUCGCCAGCGUCCCCGAGCUCGUCCUGAGGUACAGCUCGCGUCCGCUGCCCGUGCAGGGCGCUGAGCACCUGGCCCUGCUGUACCCGGUGGCCACUCAGACCCCCUGA